AUGGAACAAGAAAUCGAUUACGAGUCCCUACCCGAAUCAGCACCUUUAGGUUAUCAGCUGACCGCUGGGGCAUUUGCUGGGAUAAUGGAGCAUUCGAUUAUGUUUCCGAUUGAUGCGAUAAAAACUAGAAUACAAGCUGCUAAUAGUAUUGUGGGUGGGGCCAAGAAUGCUCCGCCGCCUAAUAUGUUGGCUUACAUAGCCAAAAUAUCGACCACUGAGGGAUCUUUGGCGCUUUGGAAGGGUGUGCAGUCCGUGAUUUUGGGUGCGGGUCCUGCUCAUGCAGUUUACUUUGCGACUUAUGAGGUUUGUAAGUUUAAUUUAAUUAAUGCUGAAGAUAUGCAAACUCAUCAGCCGUUAAAAACAGCUCUCAGUGGUACUGCAGCGACAAUUGCGGCGGAUGCGUUGAUGAAUCCCUUUGAUACAAUUAAACAAAGAUUACAAUUACAUUCUAAUGAUUCUAUGGUGAAAUGUGCAUUACGUAUUUAUCAAAAUGAAGGGUAUGCUGCAUUUUUUUAUUCAUACCCAACUACCAUUGCCAUGAAUAUACCUUUUGCAGCAUUGAAUUUUGUGAUUUAUGAAUCUUCAAUAAAAUUUGUCAAUCCCUCAAACAGUUACAGUCCCUGGAUUCAUUGUCUAUGUGGUGGUAUUUCAGGUGCUACAUGUGCUGCUAUUACUACUCCCUUGGAUUGUGUAAAAACGGUCCUGCAAGUUCGUGGUUCUGAUACUGUUCAAAGCCAGAUUUUUAGACGAGCGGAUACUUUUAAGAAGGCUGCAUCUGCGAUCUAUCAGACAUAUGGAUGGAAAGGAUUCUGGAGGGGCUUGAAGCCAAGAGUAGUUAGUAACAUGCCAGCUACUGCCAUUUCGUGGACUACAUAUGAAUUCGCGAAGCAUUUCCUGUUUAAGUUCGAAUAG